GCGCGUGACGUGUGCGAAACGGAGCGACGCGUGGACAUAAAGGCAAAAUGGGGGCGCGCUUUGCGAUCCGUGGCGUGAUCUACGAAUGUCGAGCGUUCCUCCAGCUGGCAUCGUCCGGUAAAUCGAUCGUGGCCGGUGGCGGCGGCAAAGAUUGCAGCUCGUCCGCAUCUGUGAGCGCGAGAUCGAGCAUUUCGGAAGUGGAGGGGACCGUGGCAGCAGCCGAUGUGAUCGCUGGGCUCGGGAUUGGGGGAAUGCUGCCGGGAGUGGAGCAGCGGGUAGUAUCGGAUUCGCAGCCGCGGAAGGAGACAUUGGAGGAGAAGGAGAUUUUGGAGGGCUUGAUCGGGUCCAGGCAGAGCAUUAGAUCAAAGUAUGCCGAGAAGCUAAUGGCGAGGAGAAUGGCCGCGGAAUCGAGAAGGGAGCAGCAGGGACGAUUUGGUGUGGAAGCUGGCGAUGAGAAUUUUGCCAUGCCAUCGAUAUCUUCGGACAACAAGUUUGAAGCUGUGCGAGGGUCGAUGCAAUUACUGGGAUACUUGCAGGAACGAGGAGUGCUCCAGGCUCUCGUGGCUCCAAGCAAUGGAAACCAGGAGCGAGCAUACCUUGAUCAGCUGCUUCACAAGUUUAGCUUCGACUGCGUCAAGAACACCGAAGAUGGAUUGAGUGAGGAUGUGGUGAGCUCUCUCUGCUCAACGUGGUGUCUUCCUGCGAAUCAAGUCAUGGUGGUGGUCUCGGCAGAUUUAAUCCCAGACCUCGUGAAUCCUGCCGGAAUCUUCAAGUGCCGCGUGACCGACGCCAAAAAUGCUGCUGCUGUCGAGGGAAAUCUUGAGGAACUCGCUGCGGGCAGCCAAGUAAAACCAAGACAAACCGGGAUGUUUCAAUGGUUCCGGAAGAAACUCACAGAUUUCCAGCAGAUAUCUCCGGAGCCAGUUCUUCGCCCAGGAAACCAUUUCAAUGCGCAUUACAACGUGAAGGACAUGACAGAGCUCAAGUGGCUGUUCGAAGAGCUCAAUGGAAUCUCUUACAGGCCCAUUCUCUCUGGGGUUAAAUGAGGUACUUUAAAGUGUGGCUUUGGCGGGAAAUGAAAUUUAGGGUUCUUGGCGA